AAUUUUUUCCUUUUUACACAAAAGGCCCUAAACUUCUUCUUCUUCCUCUUCAUCAUCAUCAUCAUCAUCAUCUUCUUCUUCUUCUUCUUUUUCUCUCUCUAAUUUUUAUUUUUAAAAUAAAAUAAAAUAAAAAAAGAAAGAAAGAAAGCUUGGUGGAAGGAGACGUUUCCUCGUUUUCGAGCUAUUCAUCCCCCAAUCACACGUGCUUUCUCAGAUUUCCCAUUAUACUUUCAGUGAAACGAAUUCCCAACAAAAAGGAUAACAUAUUUUUCUCCGAACGCUUCCCGGUCGGCGAUGGCGACGUACCUUCAUGCCAAUUCUGAGUUUCAAUCUGCUGCUGAUGCUGGCCUUCAAACCCUUGUCUUAAUGAAUCCCGGCUAUGUUCAAUUCUCCGACACUCCACCGCCGCCUUCAUCGCCGCCUCCCUCACACCCUAAUCUUGUUUUCUUCAAUUCUGCUUCGCCUGCUAAUGCCUACUCUGCACAGACUCUGCCUCACCCGCCUUCUCAUGCUCAACAGUUUGUCGGCAUCCCACUACCGUCGACGACAACCGCUUCUCCGACGUCUCAAGACCAUAAUUUGUAUUCCUUCAAUACCCACCAUGAUAUCUCCUCCUUACAUGGCUUUGUUCCUCGUGUUCAGUAUGAUAUUUGGAAACCAAUUAACCCAUCCACGACGGCGCGUGAGAGUUCACGCGCUCAACAGGGUUUGUCUUUGAGUCUGUCUUCACAGCAGGGUUUUGGGUCGAGAGAGAUUCAAUCGCAAACCCAUCAGGCGGUUUCCGGCGAGGAGAACGUUCGGAUCUCCGGUGGAUCGUCUUCCUCUGCUUCCGGUAUCACCAAUGGCGCGGCUGGAAUUCAGGGCGUUUUAAUUAGUUCUAAGUAUCUCAAGGCUGCUGUAGAACUUCUAGAUGAGGUUGUUAAUGUAACCCAAAACGGGAUUAAGAACGAAUCGUCUCCUAAAAAGGCCGCCGGAAAUCAAAACAAGAUGAAUGGAGAUGCAUCCGCCGCCGCCACAACUGCCGAUGGUUCUUUCGAAGGGGAUGCCGACCGAAAACGCGCCGCCGAUUUAACGACCGCCGAGAGACAAGAAAUUCAGAUGAAGAAAGAAAAGCUUAUCAGUAUGCUCGAUGAGGUAGAGCAGAGGUACAGACACUACCACCACCAAAUGAAGAUAGUGAUAUCCACAUUUGAAAAGGCGGCCGGAGCUGGGUCGGCAAGAACCUACACCGCGCUGGCACUUCAGACAAUUUCGAAGCAAUUCCGGUGCUUAAAAGACGCAAUCACCGGCCAAAUCAAAGCGGCGAACAAGAGUUUAGGAGAAGAAGAAUACAACGGAAGAAAAAUGGAAGGUUCCCGGUUGAAAUUCGUCGAUAACCAUCUCCGGCAACAGCGAGCUCUGCAACAAUUGGGUAUGAUCCAACACAAUGCGUGGAGACCCCAACGAGGCUUACCAGAGCGAUCCGUUUCGAUUCUUCGCGCUUGGCUGUUCGAACACUUUCUCCAUCCUUACCCUAAAGAUUCAGACAAACACAUGCUCGCUAAGCAAACAGGGCUCACCAGAGGCCAGGUUUCGAAUUGGUUCAUAAAUGCGAGAGUUCGACUGUGGAAGCCCAUGGUGGAAGAGAUGUAUUUGGAGGAAGUCAAGGAACAAGAACAGAACGGCGGUGGCGGAUUGGCACCGUCGACGGCUGCGGAAAAAAGCAACGACGAUUCAGAUUCAAAAAGCCCAAAUUCAAAACAAGAAAACUCUCCAAACCAAAACGUUCAUCCUUCAGUCUCAAUCUCAACGUCCUCCGAUGGAAAUGUUCGAAACCCAUCUGGGUUUACCCUCAUCGGAACCUCAUCGGAGCUCGACGGAAUCACUCAACGAAGCCCCAAGAAACAGAGAGGCACCGAAAUCCUCUAUUCCUCAAACAACAACAACAACAACAACAACGUCCAGUUCAUAAACAUGGACAUCAAACUCCGAGAAGAAGAACAACAAAAUCAAAAUCAAAAUCUCCAUCAUCUUCCAAUGAAAUUCGACGAGGAACGACAAAACAGAGAUGGGUAUUCAUUUCUAGGCCAACCCCAUUUCAACAUGGCCGGAUUCGGUCAAUACCCAAUCGGAGAAAUCGGCCGAUUCGACGCCGAUCAGUUCACUCCAAGAUUCUCCGGCAACAAUGGCGUCUCAUUGAGUCUAGGCCUUCCCCAUGGCGAAAAUCUCUCCGUAAACGCAGCCACCCACCAAGCCUUUCUCCCAAAUCAAAGCAUCCAUUUAGGAAGAAGAACAGAAAUGGGAAAACCCACUGAUUUUUCCGCCAUUAACGCCUCAACACCUCACUCCUCCACUGCUUUUGAAACCAUCAACAUCCAAAAUGGCAAAAGGUUUGCAGCUCAGUUACUGCCGGACUUCGUGGCCUGAAAACCAAAAUUUCAGAAACACAGAGCCAUUGGUGGAGCUUGGUGCAAGGUACAGUAGUAAAGAAGACACCAAAAAAACACAACAAAAAAAAAGAAGAAAUUUGAACACUAUAGAUUUUCUUUUUCCACACUUGGCAUAGAAUUAUAAAUCUUGGGGACUGUAUAUUGUUUAGAUGGAUUGUUCUAAUUAGUAUGUGUUAUUAUUAUUAUACCCAUUAUAUAAAUAUUUUUAUAUGAACAUUGAUUUCAAAUAUAUGUAAAUGGAUUGAAUAAGGGUCUCUCA